GUUUCACGUCAAGAGGAGAUGCUGGCUCAUCUGGGCCACUGUCCCCUGACUUUCUCACAGGCACAUUGCUCUGCUUCGUCCAGGCUUCAGACCCUGUGAAGGAUGACUGAGGGAGACUUCACUGUGCUGUCGUUCAGAUCCACGUCUCUGGAUCUGUCCAGGCAGGAGCACCGGACACUGACCAGGCUCUACAGCCAGAACGGAGGCUAUCAUCUGAGGAUUUUACCUGAUGGCACUGUGAGUGGUGGGAGGCAGGAAAAUGACCCCUAUGACAUCCUCAGACUGAAGGCUGUGAGUGUGGGAGUGGUGGUCAUCAAGGGGGAGGUGACAGGAAGGUUCCUGGCAAUGAACAAAAAUGGACUCCUCUAUGGAUCACAAGCGAUGAAUGACGAGUGUUACUUCCUGGAGAAGUAUGAAGAAAACCACUACAACACGUAUCGCUCUCAGAAGUACAACUGGUAUGUCGCACUGAAGAGAAAUGGGCAACCCAAACCGGGACCGGACACACACCAAGGUCAGAAGGCCAUCUUUUUCCUGCCAAGGCCUGUGGGCAACAUGUAAAGCAAGACGGCACAGGAAACAUGGACACGCUCAACAUGCACAUUUAUAGUGAAAUGUUAUGCUAGGCUGGGGAAGCCUGAGGCAAACACAUAAUAAUGUUUCUACAGUUUGUUUUCAUAGAAAUAAUCUAUAAACCAGUGUUUUCACUUAUUUAUGCAGGAUACAUAUGAUCUGACUAUUCUGCCUCAUGUAAAGAGUUUAGUCAUGGUUAUAAAUGCAUAAUACUUUCUGACUAUGAGCACAUAUACACCCGCUGACAGCAGACAGGACAUGUUUAUGAUAUAAGUGCAUGUCAGUCCUAAUAAAUGAGUGUUUACUUUGAACCCUGGUAUGAAAUACCACUGCUGGGAGACAGCGAUGCACCACUUAUACAAAGUUCCACAGUUGGUCCGCCAUCAAGCUAAUCAUUAAAUCAGAAAAAACUCCGAUAUCCACCAUGUGGCUUCAAACUCAAGUAAACAAAGCACAUGGAAUAAUAACAGAAUUAUUCCAGUAGGCCUCAGUUAGGCCUUGUAAUUUGCAAGAGCCUGUUUCUGAAACCAUUUCUGUUCUAUGUGGAAUGUCAGCAUCUUCAAAAGCUGAUUUUAUGAAAUCAGACAAUAUAAGAAACAUCAACAGGACUGCAAUUUAUAUUAUCAGUUUCCUCGCAAGGGUUAAAGCACCACGCUUGUUUAUAGCUUCCUUAGCCAUGACGACAAUUUAUUAUUAUAUUGUAAGUAUGUGCCGAGGUCAGCUGACAGUCUUGAGGUGUAGCAAAGCAAAUGUAAAGACUUUUUUUCAGUUUUCAUUGAACUUAUUGUUGAGUUGACCUUUCUGUUGUGAUCUACAGAGGUAACACAACAUAUUUCUCAUUAGGCGUCAUCGUCCAUGGGAGAAGUUUCCACAUGAUUAUUUAUUGUUCUGCAUUUUGUUGGGAUCAAAGACUGUGGACAGAUGGAUGAUGCAUCUACACCUCCCCCACUAUCCAGACAUGAAACUUCAGUUUCCCAGAUACAGACUUAUACAGAAUUUGAAGUGAGACACACGCUCAACCAAUCAUGAGUCAGUCUCAGCUGACAAUCAUGACGUUUCACCCCAUUUAUAUGUGUUACAGGAUAAUUAUAACCAAACCUACUGGGAAAAUGAGCAGUUGCACAUAUCAGUGUGAUAAGAACUAACUAAAAUGACAAAAAAACAUCUUUAAGAAAAAUGUCAGUUUCAGUUAAUUUUGGUCCAUAAAACAUAUUUAGACAAAGGAUUUGUUACAACAGAAAAGAAGGCAAUACGUUUGCAAAAAAGAAUGAAUAGAACUAAUAAAAAGUUGUAGAGUGAAGCAUUAGCUUAUUAUGCCUUCCCUUCAUACCCCGAAGAAUGCAAUUCCAUCAGGCCCUAAGAUGAAUUUGAUUAAACAGAAACAAACAAAAUGUGCAUUUCUUAAACAUAAUUAAUAUAAUAUGUAGUUUGAUAGAAAAGCAGGUUUAUGACCGACAUCCUGCAGCCAGCCAUCAGGUGGAAGUAGAGAGGCUUUGGACUCACUUCUGAGGAGCGUCCAUCUUUACAGUCUGUGGUGGAAACACAUGUUGCUGUGACAUUUUACUGGUUUGAAUUACUAUUGUGAAUAUUUAUUUAUAACAUGUUAUUGCUAUGGCUAAGUUUUAAUCUCACUGACCAUUGUCCUCAACAUUUGUACAUAUACAAGAAUAAUUUGUACAUAUAUAUUAAGGCAAUCACCUUUUCUUAAGACAAUGUUAAAAAAACAAAACAUGCAAUGUUAUCUGUGAACAAAUAAACUGUU